UCGUAAGAGUCAAAUUCAGUUCUAAGAAGAUCACCAACAGCAGUUCUAAGAGUUUCGUGUGAUUUCGUAUCACUUCCCACUCCCACUCCCACUCCCACUAUGAAUUUAACUCCUCACCCCCUUCUUAUUUGUCCCUUCUUCUUCUUCUUCUUCUUCUUCUUCUUCUUCUUCUUCUUCUUCUUCUUCUUCUUCUUCUUCUUCUUCUUCUUCUUCUUCUCCUCCUCCUCCUCUCUGAGCAAUUUGACCCUAAUACAAUUGUCAAUUGUUAUCAUUCUCACUGUACUUCGAUUCAGUUCACCAAUUCCAUUUGAAGAUUGUAAUGGAGAAUCUGAAAAGAAAAAGGCAGAGAAAAACCAAAGAUGAAGUUAACAUCCUAAAGCUUGCAUUUAGAGAGAAUCCGCAGCUAAACUGGCACAAAAAGAAAGGUCUGCUGCAAAGCAGUCUGAAGCAGCUUAGUUGGAACCAGAUUGCUUCAUGGUGGAGGAGCUACUCCAAAACCAGACAAAUUAGAAGAACCACAUGUGCAGUUAUGCCGUUAUCACAUGGGCAACUCAGAAACGUUUCCAGCAUGGAUCAUCAAGUAGCAGCAUUUGACCCCGAAACUGAGCGGUUGAAAGUUAAAUUAAAGGAAACCGAAAAUAAAUUGCAAAGUACAAUGGAUAAGUUACAAUAUACUGAAGGUCUGAUGAAAGAUUUGGAAUCUGAUAAUGAGUUUCUUAGUAAUACUAACAGCGUUCUAGUGACAAUGGAGCGUGAAUGCAAAGCUGAGCUACAUGAAGCUCGUAAAAAGAUUAUUCAGGAAUUGGAAGGUAUACCGCCUGGUCGGUUAGGAAUUGGAGUGAAGAGAAUGGGGGAGCUUGAAAUCGAGGUGUUCGUUGAAGCAUUUAAGAGGAAGUAUGGACCCGGCCAUGGACGCCAAGCUGCUCUGAUGUGCUCUGAGUGGCAAGAGUACCUUAAAGAUUCAAAUUGGAAUCCCUACAGACAUAUUGGCGAGGGACGGGUGGUUCCAGACGAAAAUGACGAAAGAUUAAGCAUGCUGAAAAGAGACUAUGGUAGGGAGCUUUACAAUGCCGUAGCUGCAGCCCUCAUGCAGAUCAACGAGUACAACCCGAGUGGGAGGUACCCUAUUUCGGAAUUGUGGAACUUUAAAGACGGCAGAAAAGCUACGUUGGGUGAAGCCUCCGAUGUCAUUCUGAAGCAAUUGAAAAGAGCUAGUAGAAGACUAAGAGAUUUGCAGGGAUAGAUUGCAACAGAUAAGUUUUAUGGUGGCUAUGCCAGAGUGAUGAGAGUAUAAGACUAAUUUGUUAGGAGUUUAAACUUGCAACUUUGUUGUUGGUUGUUUAAUAUAGGUGUUGUUCUUUUGUCUCUAUGAGAUGAGACAUAUCAUGAAGUGGUUUUAAACUGAUAUAUUGUCCUGGAUUGAUCUUCCUAGCUACAUUAGUGUUCCGGUUUCUAUAUUACUGAGGGAAAAUUUUACUGUGUUAAUAUGGCAUCUUUUAAUUUUACAUGAUAAUGAAAUUGGGAGAAAGAAUGAUUGAAUUGCUAUAGCUUGACGCUAUUUUUAUUUUUCGUCUGUGGUGUGUUCUAGUUUCGUAAUUUGACAUUGAUAAAUUGGUUAUUUAGGGUGGAAGCG